AGUAAUUUAAUUAAGUUAUAAUCUUAGUCUUCGAAUAUGGGAGGAGCAUGCUCUGGAAAAAAACCAUAGCCAAAAUAGAAAUAGCAAUAAUAGGAAUUAAAUAUAGUUGAAUAACCAUAUUUGCAAGUGCAAUCAAUUAGUUAACCAUAAUCAAGGCCACCAGAACAAAGAAGUGAAACUGGGUAAUCUGUUAAGGAAUUGCUUUAUUAAUAUAAAAAAUUCACAGAUUUCUUAGGAUUAGUAGGUAAUUUGGAUCAUUUGCCAGCCCAUACUAGAGAAUAAUUGAAUAAUUGUAUAAUUUAGAGAUCCAAUAUAAAUAUACUUAUAUAAAAUAGUAUUAAAAGAAUAAUGAGAGAGUAAAAAAUAAUAAAGAGAGUAGAAGAGAGUGAUUAUUAUUUAAUUCAUAAUGAUGAGAAAUUUGCCAUUACAUUUGUGUAAUUAAUGUAAAGAAUAUCAAAUAUAAUAUUGACUGAACUUCAAUAGGAUUCAAAUUUUUAGGAAGCUUUUCCAAUGUUGAUUGUUUCAUUUGUUGAUUUAGCAACAUAGAUAAGUAAGGAAAUAGAGAAUUUCUAAGAUUUCAAAACUCAUUCAAUCAAAAAAUAGAAUACUAAACAUCAAAUUUCUUAAGACAAUUAUUAAGCAUCAACAAAUAAAUGA